AACACUUCGUAAUUAGUGGCGUUAUAUUUCCAAAAGGUGAAUUUGUUAUUUUGUUUAUUAUAUACGAACGGAUCAAAUAGAUUUCAGACGUUUACUUGAUACUAAAUUCAUAGGACAAAUGCAUUUUUCUCUGUAAAACAAAAUAAUGAAUCUAGUGAGGUUGUGUGCCGUAAUAUCGGACAGUUUGGGUUCCUUAAAAUCGCAAAUAUCCGAUAUUAAGAACCAGUAAACAUAAAAAUAAAAAAAAACUGGAGUUAAGAAGAAACCAAAGGACAAUAUCAAAGGAAAGGGAAAACAGAAAAUAGCUAAGCGAUCUUUAAGCUCUUCUAGUGAAGAUACUGAAACAGAAGUGCAAUUAAUUGACAGUGAUGAUGAUGUGGAUACAGAUGAUGAAGACGGUAGAGUGGGCAAACGCUGGGAUUUUGAAGAAUCUGGCUGAAUUCCAUUUGAAGAAACAUUCAUCGCAUAGGAACGAGGGCGCGCAACAGAUCAUUUUGUUGCGUGAAACCAAAAAAUGCAAGCCAAGUAACAUGGGGCAGAGAAUACAUAAGAAGUGGAAAAACAAGAAAGAACUGGGAUAAGAAACCACCUCAUUUCUG